UCUUAUGGCAACAUCAGUCGGCACUUGUUUGUCUUAAUGAUUUUGCGUUUGGUGAAAAAUUGUGAUAUUGUAUUAAAAAUCAUCACGAUUUUAUUUAAGUCUUUCUUCUGUUUUUAUGUAAUCAAUAGUGUUUUCCAAUAUUUCCGCAUAAGAAACUCAUUUGUGCGAGUUUUUGUCAAGAUUAUUGUUGCCAUCAAAUCAUUUAUAAAUCAUGUCGGACGAAGAUGUUUCCGUUCAUGUGGAGACUCCGGAGACGCUGCUCACAACGGAAUUCAGAGAUGGUCAAUUACAAAUUGUCGAAGUUGCACCAUUUAAACAUGGAAACACAACGGAGACACAGAUUCUCCCCGACCUGGACGAGGGUGAGACUCCGGAGCCCCGCUUCGUGCAAGUCCUCAAUGCUGACAAGUCGGUUGUUCAGCUCGAUCUUCUUAACAUGACUUUAGUCAGAUGUGAUGAUGGAUCGGACACUACAUACAAACUGGUCACCAACACGGAGCACGCUGGUGCAGAUGCAGCAUCGGACACAGUCACUUGUGUGCUGCAGGCCAGCGAUCAAGAAGAUCAAGACAACCAAGACGCGUUCGUAGUGAUGGACGGUGCGGAUACGCCGCUGGUGUUCCUGCAGCCGGAGAUUGUGGCCUCGGACGGACAGAAACACGAGGAGAAAGACAAAGGGCCGAGCCCAAGUGAGAUUUUAGAAAGAGCAAAAGCGUUAAAACAAACAGCUGAAGCUAUGCAAUCCAGCAAACCAAGGCGCACGGGUCGCAAGCGGAAGUCCGCGUUCCCAUCGCCCCACGAACUGCUGGCGUCGCCGAACUUCAAGCUGUUCCUGUAUUCCUGCAAAUUAUGUCAUUUCAAAUGUAAUGCUGUAAAGGAAAUGACCGCUCAUAAGUCGCAGCAGCACAGCGGCGCCGCGAGCCCGCGCGCACGCGGCGGCCGCGCGCCCGCGCCUCUGCAGUGCGCUAAAUGUCCGUACAAGGCCACUUCCCACUCGCAGCUCAUGAAACACGUGCAGGAGAGACAUUUGACGAAGAGCCAGGAGAACGUGAUAUCUUUAAACAGUCUGGACAGCAAGGACGUGGAAGAAGCGCACGUGUUAGUGUGCGGCGCGUGCGGUUUCGAAUGCAACACCAAGGUGGAGUUCAAGGUUCAUAUCCGGGAACAACACGGGACCUCCGCUGUUAGCAUCUGAGUGAAGUGAUAAGUGAAACAAAGUGUAUAGUGUUAAAAGGGAGGCAAGGUAAGGUUAUGUGCUUCUCAUCCGCGCGUGACUGUAUGUCAUAGCCAAACGGAUGUUCCACCAUUAGCUAUUUAUUUGCUGUUAUAAUGGACUAGAAGAGUGUAACGCCUAAGUGGAGUUCAAGGUUAUCUGGGACUUCAACUGCUAACAUCUGAGCUAAGUGGUGAGUGAAGAAAUUAAUAAUGUCUGCAGUGUAUGGCAAGGUUAUAUGUCUCUUCUCUGCGUGUGACUGUACGUCACAGCUAAACUGAUGUUCCACCUUGACUGGUAAUUUGUUACGUCACAAUGGAUAGAACUAGAUAGAAGUCUAAUGAGUGAAAAGAAAAUAUCCAGACUGAAAAUACAAGUCAAAAGUUUUUUGCCUAGAAAGAUUUUAAAAAUAUCUAAAAGCAUUUAGGUUAUUAUUUAUUAAUUAGGUGUCUGAAAUCAGUGACGUAAACGUGACGUGACCGUUGUCGCCCGAUUGAUGUAAAAUCACAGCAGAAUCUAAAGUUAAUUGUGUUGUAAAUGCGGUAUUUUAAUGCAGAUUAGCGAUAAAACAAUCAAAA